AAAAAGAAAAUAAACAAGCCGGGAGAAAAAGAAAAACCUCAAAACCCCUAAAACCCCCGAGCAGCUCAAUAAUUCUCCCAAAGAAAACCACAAAAUCCCUCCCUCUAUCUCACUCCCUCUCCAUAUAUUCAUUCAUGUAUGUGUCUAUGCUUAUGCAAUAGUUCACCACAAUCUUGAAAUGAAAUCAUUGAGAGCACUGAGAAUCGCCAGCACCCUUGCUUCAAAGCCACCUCCCUUUGUCUACACUAACCAAAACCUCCUCUCUCAUUUCUUCUCAGCCCAACCUGACCAAAACGAGAGUGAAAAUGACAAUAGUGACUCUGUCUUUGACAGCACCCACUACACAAUUGAUUCUUCUUUUAACAAUAACAGCAACACAACUAGCGCCACUCAUAAGGAACCCACCUGGGAUGAGAGAUACAGAGAGAGAGUUGAUAAAUUAGUUUUUAAAAAAGAAACCCAAAAAGGGAAACUGCAAAUUUUGGAGGAACAAGAAGAGCAAGUGGAGGAGCAAAGGAGGAGACUUUUGGCUAAAGCUUUGCUGGAGGCAGCAUUAGAGAGGCCUGAUGAGGAGGAGGGUGAGGAGGUCAGAGAGGAAGAUCAGAAGUCGCUUUCGGUCGGGAUUAUUGGUGCUCCAAAUGCUGGGAAGUCUGCCUUGACUAAUUUCAUGGUUGGGACAAAGGUUGCUGCUGUGUCACGGAAGACAAAUACCACAACUCAUGAAGUGUUGGGAGUGAUGACAGAUGGAGACACUCAAAUAUGUUUCUUUGACACCCCUGGACUCAUGGUAAAUAACCGUGGUUAUCCUUACAAAGACAUGAAGACACGUGUCGAAAGUGCCUGGAGUUCAGUUGAUUUAUAUGAUGUGCUUAUGGUUAUUUUUGAUGUCCAUAGGCAUCUUACCAGACCUGAUUCAAGAGUGGUUGGAUUGAUAAAAUGCAUGGGAGCACAAGCAAACCCAAAACAAAAGCGGGUGUUGUGUAUGAAUAAGAUUGACCUUGUUGAGAAAAAGAAAGACUUAUUGAAGGUUGUUGAGGAAUUCAAAGAUCUUCCUGGAUAUGAUAGGCACUUCAUGAUCUCAGGACUGAAGGGCUCUGGAGUAAAACAUCUUAAUCAAUAUUUGAUGGAGCAGGCAGUCAAAAGACCAUGGGAUGAAGAUCCACUAUCUAUGAGUGAAGAAGUCAUGAAGAAUAUUUCAUUAGAAGUUGUUCGGGAAAGGUUAUUAGACCAUGUUCAUCAGGAAAUCCCUUAUGGCAUUGACCAUCGGUUGAUGGAUUGGAAAGAAUUAAGAGAUGGUUCUCUGAGGAUUGAACAGCACUUCAUCACUCCUAAACUAAGCCAGCGAAAGAUUCUUGUGGGGAAGAAGGGAUCAAAAAUUGGGAGGAUCGGUGUUGAAGCUAAUGAAGAGCUGAGGUCCAUAUUCAAGAGGGAAGUGCACCUCAUCCUCCAGGUUCGAAUUAAAUGAUCAGUUAACCAAUUUGAAAGGGAAAAAAAAAAUUGCACCCCUACCAAAUUUAGCCUCGGGAAAUGUAUAUUCAAAGGUUUAUUAAGGCGUGCUUGGUCAGUAAUUUACCUUGUUUCUUAGCCUCAAGAAGGCUAUUUAGAAGUGAGCUUCGACUGGCAAUCAUACGUCAGCUCCAAUCUAAGGACUGAAGUGGGUUAACAGAAAUGCAUGAAGAGCUGGUAUCUGUGGAAAAUAUUCCCAUCUUUUGUUUUUCCUGAUUUACUUCAUAGCAUGUUUAUGUCUUGCAAAUUUUGAAUAGAUAUGUCCAACACUUAUUUGGAUUGUAAUUCUGAUGAGAGCAUCCAGAGAUUUUGUACUUCCGCAAUACUUUAUGGAGUCUAACACUAUAAUUCGUUGGAAUAUGAAAUGUGCAACUUGUUAGUA